CUGUAACAGUCGAGAUCUCUGCUGCAGCUUGCACUGGGAACGAACCAGUCCGUUAUUAUUUUACAUAUCUCAAAUCACAAGGUCCAAAGAAGGGAAGAAUUUAAACAUUUCUUGGAACCUUCUGUGUGAUACAACGUUUUCUUCUGCAAAUGCAGGCCAUUAAAUGCGUGGUUGUCGGCGACGGUGCCGUUGGUAAGACCUGUUUGCUCAUCAGCUACACCACCAAUGCCUUCCCUGGAGAGUAUAUCCCCACAGUGUUUGAUAACUACUCUGCCAAUGUGAUGGUGGAUGGCAAACCUGUGAACCUGGGCCUAUGGGAUACAGCUGGACAGGAGGACUACGACCGCCUCAGACCUCUCUCCUAUCCUCAGACGGAUGUGUUCUUGAUAUGUUUCUCCCUGGUGAGCCCUGCGUCUUUUGAGAAUGUGAGAGCAAAGUGGUACCCGGAGGUCCGGCACCACUGCCCCAACACCCCCAUCAUCCUGGUGGGCACCAAGCUGGACCUGCGAGACGACAAGGACACCAUCGAGCGUCUCCGGGACAAGAAGCUGGCUCCUAUCACGUACCCCCAGGGCCUGGCGAUGGCGCGGGAGAUAGGCGCAGUGAAAUACCUUGAGUGCUCUGCUCUGACCCAGCGUGGUCUGAAGACGGUGUUCGACGAGGCCAUCCGUGCCGUCCUGUGUCCUCCUCCUGUGAAAAAGCGUGGCAAGAAGUGCACUGUUUUCUGAGGGGCCAGCACAGAGAGCAGAACCAACAUGAUAGCACAGGGGUGGGGUCGCUUCCUCAACAACACAAUAGUAAUUGUCAAGUUUUCUGAGAGAAAAUGUAAUCAAACUUAACCGGGGUGCUCUUGAGGCCCAGGCAUUACGGAGGUGUGUUCAGUGUAAGAGUGGGUGGGAGCAAAAGGGAUUAGGUGUUAAUCUGGUCUCCGUGUUUUAAAUGGCAUCAAAGGAUCCCGUCCGAAUUUGCCUUAACCAAUUGGACAACCAACAUUUAAAAGGCAUCGUUACAGGAGAGGGUGUGAUGGCGAAAACUGGAAAUGUAAUCCAUUCAAAACAAGCAAAGUAUAAAUAGCCGUUUUGUAUCUUGGUAGAUGCAUUUCUUUUCUUCUUAAAUGCUCAGAACAGAAAAUGCACUAUAAAAUGAAACAAAUGUAAUGUACAAAGCCCACUACUUCCACCCACCUCCCCUUUGAUUUGAAAAUGUGCAUUUUUCAAAAUGUUGAGUUUGGUGGCAGUGUUGCAGUGUGGUCGUUGGCUGUUUUGCAGGUGUUAAUUAUUUCUUCAGAUUUGUGGGUUUGAAAGAUGUGUAGUCUUUUUCCUGAAAGUCCUGUUAGCCAGCACUGGAGGAAGCUCAGCAGAGUAAGCAAAUGUCAGUCCACUGAUAAAUUGCUAUAAUUACUUGAUUUAAUGUUGUUUUUUUCCAAGCUUUUAUUCAAUUUUUACUGAAGGAGUAAAUUAUUGAUAUUUCUUAAAUGGUGCCUAUGUCAAAGAAAUAUCACAAUAGUAUACACAGGCAACCAAUCCUACAGUCCACCCUUGCAAUAUGGAAAGAAAACUGAGGAACAAAAUGUUAGUAAACUUUAAGGCUUGCUUCUUUGUCUCUUUACAAAGUGUCUUCUUCUGCUUUAUCUUUCUGUCAAUUUCUAAUGCCCAUGCGAUAAAUCAAAUUCAUUCUUGCAUAAAGUGACACACUUCAAUUCUUUCUUAACAAGAAUCCACAAACCCCCUUGAAUUAAAGGAAAUGACAACUUCAGAGGAAGAAAUAGGAAGAAAUAACUUCAAAACCACAGAACACUUCUAUCUAGAAGCCUCUUUGAACUCACUGACUGCACGCAUUGGUGUCCAGUCUCAAGUUCUCCAUUUUCAACUAUCUUUUUUGGUUUAGAUUCUAUGUAUGCAUGUUGUGUGGGUGUAUGCGCGUGGGGGUAUAGUUUGUGCGGGUGGGGCUAUUAGAUUUUUCAGUAUUAUGCAUUAUUUUACCUGUAUUCUUUUAUUAUUAUUAAUUCACUUGAUUUUUGCAAAUAAUUCUUGAAAAUGGUUUAGAAAAAAAACUUUUUCAAAACGUCAAUACUUUACUGGUCCCGUUUACUUGCUGCCAAAAUAAACUCCUACAUUAUUAAGUAGUGUAAGAAUUAUUUAACGUUUUAGAAGACGUAUACAUUAAUAAAUAAAACUAUUUGUAUGUAUCUAAAGAUGUACCUUUUUUCUUAUAUUUUGAAGAAAAAAAAAAGACUCUGGAUUGAGAAUGCUCAAGUCUUGUUUGCUUUGCUGUCUGUGAAGUUUAAAAUUCAGCAAUGCGCAGUAUUUCAAUACACACCUGAAUUGCUGUAUCACGUUUCCUGGUAGAUUCAGACGUGCAAUGAAACAAUUUGUCUCCCUCUGCCUGUGAGCUCUGGGAUUGCAUUUUUCAUGGUAACAUUGGACUGUAAGCUCUGUUGGCAUGGCAACAGCAUCCAGGUGGUGCAAGGUGUGUCUGAGCAUGCUCAGGGAGAAGUCUGAGAUAUCUGUAAAAGCUUCAAAAACUGCAUGGAAACUACUUGGAACUUGUGGAUAGAGCUUAUUGUUCGUCUGAAAUCAACCAUAUCCGGGCUGAUAUUGUUGAGAUGCAUUACUUAUUGAAGAUGCGUUCUAUGUUUGUCCGAUUGUAUGUCUGUCCAUAUUUUGUAUUACUUCUCAUGUCAAAGAGUAUUGUGAGAAAUUUCAAUUUUGUAUAAUAAAUAUGAACUUAUAACUAAA